AUGGCACCGGAAGUAGCUUUACCGGUCCCCCAAACUCCCAGUAGGAAGAAAACUUCUGGUGAGGUCAAUGCAAUCAAGUUGUUGGUUGAGAUGCUUGUCAUGGACUUGGAAAACAAAUGGGGGUUGGGGCUACAGCUUCUUGAUGGGUCGCCUAAUAAAAGGCAACAGAACGGAGCGAGUGAAACCAAAGAGUGGCAGGUGGUUCAUAUGAUCCAAGUUCUAGGCUGGCGGAGUCUACAAAUAGAGCCUCUGCGAGAGUUUGAACAAAAAGCCGUGGAACUCUACACAGGCUGGAAGAGCAAGCCAAAGGCGGAGCGAGGUGUUGUACCCGAACGAACUCGUAACAUCAAAUACUCUCUUUCAACAAACGAAAAGAGGCAAAUAUUGGAUCUAUUGCACGAUACUCUCAAGCCUCCAUUUCGCGAGCUUGAGUCGACCAACAGAAAUCGCACGCUGGAUAGAUCGGGAAGCUGUCUCUCACCCACAAGCCGCAUCCAGCAAAUAAAGAGUCCUCUUAUCGACGAUAGCCCUCUUAAGAUAUCGCUUCCUACCCCAAAACCAGAUCCCAAGCGGCCUCGAGAAGAACUAUUUUCAGACGUGGACCCUCGACACAAGAAAAUCAAAACCCCUGGCCUGAGACCCGUGCCUCUCCCCGAGAGCCCCUCGAUCGCAAUGCCUCCGCCAACGGAAAGAGCAAGACCAAGCUUACAAGAGUCUCGGAGCUGGAGAAGCGAAACUACAAGUAUGAGCGAGUCUAUCUUCUCAAGAUCGAACCACUCUUUCGAUAGGAGUGGUGGGCAAAGCACCCAGGAAACUGUACCUGACCAUGAUCAUGAGGACUUGCUUGAUAGAACUCAGCCUAACAUACCGGCUUCAGAAGCACAUUUCAAAGCUCCGAACAACACCGCGCCAAGCUCCGACUACGAUGCUGGUAGUGUUUUUGAAGGGAGUAGCUUCGAGGAGGUCUUCAAGCAAAGCACAGAUGUAAAUGGUCUAUUGCGGGGUGUUGCACUUGACCCGGGACGAGUUGACGACUCUUUGUCUCAAGAGCUUCUGAAUGUCGGGAUUGAGAAUAAGAGGAACAUGCUGACAGUUGAAGAUGUGUUACAAAAUCGCCUUGACGCCGUCUUCCCACAGCUGCCUCCUUCACUCGACGUGGACUCUGUGAAAUUGUAUGUUAUAUACGAGAUUACAAGAGUGUUCGUUUAUGUUGGCGCCUCGAUGGCUAGUGUGAAUUUCCCUCAAACGGCCGAUUUUGAUGACUACGAUAAGUUGUGGAAUUUCCUUCAGAACCUUCCUGAGCUGAAGGGAAAGAACUUUCCCCCGAAAAGCGAAAGAGCAGCAUGGGAAGCUGCGAAAACCGACUUUACUUCCAGAGGAACGGGAUUAGAGCUUGGCGUCGUAUUUUCUGGUAGCCUAACAUAUGAGAUGUCUGAAGGCACGAACCCCUUGUUCCAAUUCCAGCUAAAACCAUUGACACUGGACAAGAAGCACCGGCUCUCCAGGAGACUAGGUGAGGAUCGCUUCAUACAGAUCGACAUGCCUCAUCUACAUGGCGAUUUUCUGCCCAAAAGCCUUCAGAGCGACAGCGGCCAUGCUGCUCUCCUAAAGUGGUUAGUGGAGCGUAGACAUUGGCUCUUCGGAAGGACAUGGAGACCUUUCCACUCUAAGCAAAAAGACCGAAAGGACAAGAAGGAGAAGAAAAAUCACAAAGUAUCGGAUCCAGCUCAUUGUGUCUACUUUUUUGCGGUCGAUGGUCGUGGCCUCUACAACACUGGGUCUUCCAUUUCACUCAACAAUGAACGGCCGCAGGAGAGACACACUGCUAUUGAGGUAGACGCUUUGCUCAACAUGGUUAGAUUAACACGAAAGAACAAGCAUCAACCAUAUCUAAAGUUAUUUUCGAGGACUUCUCUAGCUGUAUCCCGCAAUAACGCCACAGUGAUAUUGGAAAGAAAGGAAAUUCGAUAUAAGCCGGACAUCAUAUUCAAUGACGAAGUGAUGACAGAUGGCGCUGGUCGAAUGUCGUUUGCGCUCGCACAGAAAGUGACCAUGAUGCUCAACUUGCCGUACCCAGCAAGUGGCUUCCAAGGACGAAUCGGAGAAGCGAAAGGAUUUUGGAGUGUAGACCAUAGCGAUCGAACCGGCGAGCUUUGGAUCGAAGUCUACGAGUCUCAAUGCAAAUGGAAUCGAAGUAAGAGUAGAGAUGAGAACGCCGUCGAUUUUCAUUCCGCCAAUCGUACGCUGGAGGUUCUCAAGCCAUCCGGGCCGCUCAGAUCUGCCGACUUAAACUUGCAGUUCAUGCCGCUUCUUAUUGAAAGGGCGCUCGAUAAGCCACUUAUGAGGUACUCAUUACGAGCGUUGCUGAUAAUCGGGUUACAAAAAGAAUUAGACUAUUUGCAAGCUUCACUUGAGGACGCGCCUUCGCUGCUCAGAUGGGUGAACGAACAAUACUCUAGCAUCUCAGAAAGACUAAGGCAUGGCGAAGUUCUCUUCGAUGGGGGCAUGCCAAUGACAUUGCACGAAAGGUUGAUCAUGUUGUUAGAUGCUGGGUUCGAGCCAAAGAAACUCCAGCUCGUCACAGAUCUAAGCAAAGAUUUGUUUAAGAGAAAGUGCGAUGAGUUAAAACAACGGCUAAAUAUUACUGUCGGUAAAUCGACCUAUGUUUACAUGGUUCCUGACUUCUGGGGGGUCUUAGAGCCUGAUGAAGUCUACAUGGACUUUUCAAGCUUCGUUGAUGAUGUAUCGGGUCAGUCAGGUGUUCUUCUACACAGGCAGGAUGUCCUAGUGGCCAGGUCUCCCGCUCAUUUUGUAAGCGACAUUCAAAAAGUAAAGGCGGUCGCGAAGGUUGAGUUGAUUGGAUUGAAAGACGUUAUCGUAUUUUCAACUAAAGGCAAUCCAUCUCUUGCCGCAAAGCUUUCCGGUGGUGACUACGACGGUGAUCUUGCGUGGUUAUGUUGGGAGCCUUCGAUCGUGAACAACUUUGUCGAUGCCGAAGUUCCCGAUGUACCUGAUUUCGUCCAACAGGGUUUUGUCCGUCAGGAUAAAACUACGUAUGAGGAACUGGUCAAAAAUCAGGAGCACCCAGUUUCACACUUCCUGAAGUGUUCACUGAGCUUCAAUAUGAAGCAAAGCAUGCUUGGAAUCUGUACGGCCUGGAAGGAGACGUACUGUUAUAACCAAGGCACUGUCGCUAGCAAAGAGGCAACGACGUUAAGCGCACUCCUAAGUCUGCUCGUUGACCAAGCUAAACAAGGCUAUUCGUUCGACGCAGAGGACUGGAACCGCCUUAGGAAGUCUCUUACAGAGGGAAAGAACGUGACGACUUUCAUCCCCGAAUACAAAAAGCUGAAGCCGGAAUUCAAAAAAGACGCGAAGCACAUCAUUGACUUCCUCAUGUAUGAAGCGCACCUUAAAGUGGACAAUUCACUCACAGCUUUUCAAGCAGCAAUACCACAAAACAUUCCCCAAUGGGACGCUGACCUCUCAUCACUUUAUAAUUGGGCCGCGGAGGCAGCAAAGGUAACUAACGAAUGGGAUGGGAUUCUCAAAGAUCUAACAAAAGAUCUCGAGGCUCUCAAACUGUCAUGGUCCAAAGAAUUCACGAAAGGAAAGGCGUCAGAGAACCCUGAUGACGCUGUGGACUUUAAGGCUACACUUUUCGAACACUUCGAAAUGUAUCAGAGAAUACAGCCUAAAACGAUAACAACUCUUACACACCUCCUGCUCUGCGAUUAUGCUUCACCGGAAUACACGCAUUGGUCAUUGCUCAAAGCCUCGACGCUCUUUUCAUCGUUCCACAAGUCUAAUGUCAAGCCGGUUGUCUGGUUUAUGGCAGGCAGGCAAUUGGUUCAUUUGAAAUCACUCAAGGUCUCUCCAAGCGGUCCUCACGCCAUUGUUCCCCAUAUGUACGUGUGCUACAAGCCCAACAGCUCGUUCAUCAGACAGCGUCAACGUCGUGACGUCGAAUACAUCGAAAAUGUUGGUGUCAGAUCUGUUGAUGAGGUUGAUGCAACUCAAGAAGAUUAG